GGGAAGAGAUUCACCUCAUCAGUAAAACUUGAAAUACAUCAAAGACAUCACACAAGAGAGAAACCAUAUAGCUGUAAUCAAUGUGGGAAGAGUUUUGCUACUUCUAGCUAUGUAACUAUACACAAUAGAACACACACAGGAGAGAAACCAUAUAGCUGUGGUCAAUGUGGGAAGAGUUUUAGUCAAUUUGGCCAUCUGACAGUGCACCAGAGAACACACACAGGAGAGAAACCUCAUAGCUGUACUCAAUGUGGGAUGAGUUUUACUACAUCAAGCUCUCUGACUAUACACCAGAGAACACACACAGGAGAGAAACCUUAUAGCUGUGAUCAAUGUGGGAUGAGUUUUACUACAUCAAGCUCUCUGACUAUACACCAGAGAACACACACAGGAGAGAAACCUUAUAGCUGUGAUCAAUGUGGGAAGAGUUUUACUCAGCUAAACAACCUGAUAGUACACCAGAGAACACACACAGGAGAGAAGCCUUAUAGCUGUGAUCAAUGUGAGAAG